GAACUGCAGCGCGGAUAACAAAAACAAAUUUUAUCCGUCCCAAUAUCCUAUCCAGCCGAAUCCACGCUGGGAUGCACCAGACGACCAAACCAUUCCUUCCAAGCUAACCCAUCCUCUUCAUUUCUUUUAUAAAUCUCUCCUCAAACCCAUAAUAAUAGGCUUGUCAAUGGACACCCUAUCUUCUAUUUCUACUAUGCAAGGACUGAUGGUGCCACGCCCUGCUGCGGUGUCCGUUUCAGUUCUUGGGUCCUCUCUUCCACAAUUUAAGAGUCCAAAUUGCAUCAAGAAACAAAGUUUGAGGAUCACAAGAGCCUCUGUUGCCGUUGAACAGCAGACCCAGGACCCAAAAGUUGCUCUCAUUAGAAUUGGCACCAGAGGAAGCCCGCUAGCACUUGCUCAGGCUCAUGAAACACGAGACAAACUCAUGGCAAAGCAUUCAGAACUAGCUGAGGAAGGGGCUAUCCAAAUUGUGAUAAUAAAGACAACCGGAGAUAAAAUAUUAACACAACCUCUUGCAGAUAUUGGUGGAAAAGGAUUGUUCACAAAAGAAAUAGAUGAGGCGCUAAUAAAUGGCGAGAUUGAUAUUGCGGUCCACUCAAUGAAAGAUGUCCCCACUUAUUUGCCUGAGAAGACAAUUCUUCCUUGCAACCUUCCGCGCGAGGAUGUUAGAGAUGCAUUUAUUUCCUUGAGCGCAUCUUCACUUGCUGAGCUUCCUUCUGGGAGUGUCAUUGGCACUGCUUCCCUGAGAAGAAAGUCACAAAUACUUCACAGAUAUCCUUCACUCAGUGUUUUAGAGAAUUUUCGUGGUAAUGUUCAGACACGGUUGAGAAAACUAAAUGAAGGGGUGGUCCAAGCAACACUAUUGGCAUUAGCUGGACUUAAACGCUUAAAUAUGACAGAAAACGUGACUUCAGUUCUUUCAAUUGAUGAUAUGUUACCGGCAGUUGCUCAAGGAGCAAUUGGAAUUGCCUGUCGAAGCAAUGACGAUAAAAUGGCUAAUUACUUAGCAUCUUUAAACCAUGAGGAAACAAGACUUGCAGUUGCAUGUGAGAGGGCUUUCCUUGAAACCUUGGAUGGGUCAUGCCGGACUCCAAUUGCUGGAUACGCUUCCAAAGACGAGAAUGGUGAUUGCAUAUUCAAAGGGCUAGUGGCUUCCCCUGAUGGAACCCGAGUACUUGAAACUUCUAGAAAAGGCCCAUAUGCCCUUGAUGAUAUGAUUAUGAUGGGAAAGGAUGCCGGGAAGGAACUCCUUCUGCAGGCAGGCCCUGGAUUCUUCGAUAGUUGAGGUACUUUGCAAUAGCAUAAGAGUAGAAAAUCAAGGUUUCUUUUCUUUGGGUUGAGAUUUAGGGCUAGCACUCUCGGUUUCAUGAUCCUUCAUGCGCUUGAGCUACUUAUCAUUUUGCAAAAUAAGAAUUGUUGGGUAUGGUUGUAGUUUGUAAAGUAGAAGAGGAUGGCUAACAGGAUAAGUUUAGAUUCUUGUAUUGUAUCCAUAAUUAAUGAAAAACCCCAAUUUUUGCUC